AUGCGUCUCCUGCCCGAGCCAAGCGCUCAGUCCCUCCGGCUCCUGUUCCUCUUUGUCUUCGUGAUGGGGGUGACCCCGUCCCCGGCUCUCACUGCAGGCUGCCCGGACAGGUGUGUGUGCGACGACCAGCUGGUGGUCCAGUGCGCCGGGCAGGAGCUCACCUUGUUCCCCAACGACCUGCCUCUGGCCACCAGGCAGCUCAUCAUCUCCAACAACCGCAUCGGAGACCUUCCUGCACUGCAGCUCAACUACCUGUCCGACCUGGUGUACCUGGACUGCAGCAACAACUCCUUGACUGAGAUCUCAGAGUCCACCUUUGGGAAUCUGAGGAAGCUGGCCUACCUGGACCUGUCCUUCAACACCCUGCUGCAGAUAGAGGACCGGACCUUCGGGCCUCUGGCGUCCCUGGUGAUGCUGCGGCUGACGGACAACCCUGGCCUCGGGGAGGUCCACCCGGACGCCUUCUCGGAGAACAUGGCUCUGCAGGUUCUGGAUGUGAGCAGGAACAACCUGACGGCUCUGAACAUCAGCAGCCUGAUCGCCCUGCCGGCCCUGCGGUCUCUGGGGCUCAGUGGGAACCCGUGGAGCUGCGACUGUGACACCGAGGACCUCUGUCUGUGGGUGCAGAUAGAGGGCUUCAAGUUCCAAGACGAGGGCCAGACGGUGUGCCACAGCCCCGCGGAGCUGGCGGGCCAGCGGCUGGCGGAGGUCGGCAUGCAGCUGCGGGCGGACUGCCACCAGGGCCUGGGCUACUGGGACUACCUCUUCUUCAUCGCCAUCGGCUUCGUCAUCUUCUCCGCCGGCACGGUGUCGGCCUGGGUGAUGGGCGUGCUCAUGGUGCUGUACGAGCGCUACAGCAAGAGGAAGAGCGAGGAGCUGGACAGCGACGACGAGGACGAUAGGGGGGAUGGGCGGCGGGGGAGGAGGAUACUGAUCCAAACCCCUUCCUCCUCCAUCCUGCUCUCCUUUGACAUGAUGAACGGCAAAAUGGCGGAUAGAGGCCGGGUGGAGAAUGACAGCGGGGGGGUCACCAUCAGAAGCGGGAAAUUCAUCUGA